GCACACUGAGCCUGAGCCGUGCACAGUGGUCUAGAGCUAGCGCGAGUACUAGAAGACGCUAAUCACAACAACUAAAAAUAUCGGCGAUGAUUACGAGUAAAGUGAAUCAAGGUGCACGUAGAGUGUUGUUCCGGUGUUUCGUUCCUUCCCGAUGUAAUUUACAUACCAGCCCACCUCGAUGCGAACAAGGAGCUGCCCCUGUUCCGUUGGCAUUCAGUCGGUAUGAAAAUAACGGAGGCGGCGAUGCACACCCAGUUCUCAUCCUGCACGGGCUCUUUGGAUCGAAAUCGAACUGGAACAGUCUGGCCAAAGCGUUCCAUAAGAACAGCAAACCGGUGAGAAAGAUCUACGCAAUCGAUGCACGUAACCAUGGGGACAGUCCACAUAGCGAUCAGCAUUCGUACGAGCACAUGGUUGAGGACAUGGUUGCCCUCUACAAAUCCAUUGGCAUCGAGCGUGCCUCCAUAAUCGGACACAGCAUGGGAGGACGAGCCAUGAUGCUGUUGGCAUUGCGAUACCCGGAACUGGUGGAGAAGGCUAUCAUUGUAGAUAUUUCACCGUCGCCCGGGCUGGGGACGAGCAACACAAACAUCCCGCUGUUCCUGCAAUCCAUGAAAAUGAUUCAAAUCGGACCAGAAGCUACCAUCCACCAGGCACGGCGCAUCGCGGACGAGCAGCUGGCGAAGAUUAUCGCCGAAAAACCGUUGCGUGACUUUUUGAUAACGAACCUCGUCAAAAACGAGCAGGAUGGUGGUCGAUUCCACUGGCGAAUCAAUCUGGAAUCGUUGGAACGUAACUUCCACACCGGAGUGGCCCAGUUCCCUACCCUGACCGGACAUCGAUUCGAGGGGCCAACGUUGUUCAUAGCUGGUGGUCGCUCGGAUUACGUAAAACCAGCGGAUGUUCCAUUGAUAAAGACGCUGUUCCCAAAUUCGGAUAUCAAGUACGUGAAGGAUGCUGGCCAUUGGGUGCACAGCGAGAAAUCGGCCGAGUUUGCGAAGCUGGUCUUGGAUUUUUUGAACGAGUAAGUUCCCGGUGGGUGCGUAGUCCAAAACGAAUUUAUUUAGUUUUAGUAGU